GGGGCGUUCCUCAGAACAACUUAGCUCUACACGAAAGACAUUGGUUGCUAAACUUUCAGUGCGCCAUUGUUAUCUCUUCUUCCCGUUUUCCACGGUUCCUACACGACAACUACAAGCUGUGUUACAAACGGUUGCUCCUGGUCCAGGUGAGAACAGGUGGUGUUACGUUGAACCUUCAGGAUGGAUCCAGGUGGGGUUCAAAAAGACAUGCUGCACCAUCUACAGUUCUGCAAAAGCGAGCUGCUGAACUCUCUGGAAGCGUAUCUGAACAACAAAACCAGACUACAACCCAUCAUAGGCCUGGGCACCAUUAUAGAGUGUGUGAAUGUGACUUCACGGGUCAGAGAGACAUUGUACCUGUGUGAGGUGUGUGCAUGCAGACUCACCAAAGCUGAUAUGCGGAACCACAUAAUGGGGAGUCACCACCGAUUCAACUACAUUAAAGCCUGUCACCCCCACUCAGUGUCUAAGUGGCUGGGCAGCCCUGACCUGUCUAAGAUGGCUUGGCCUUUAAUGGAGUUGGCUAAAGUGUUGGAGAAGAAAGAAGGACCAGGAAAUGUUCAAUUGUUUGAAGUUCAAGAUGAGCUUUACCAGAUGAUGGUGACACAGAGUGAAAAUCAUGCAGUGACUCUGAUGAAGACCUUAAAACAAAAGCAGGCUGAGGUGGAGAGCUUUUCCGAAACAAAACCUUUGCAUUAUCCGGUCGCGUCUCAGAGGGUCGUUUUGCCUGCACGCAACCAGUGGGAACAUCCAGAGACAUCCGACAUGGGUGACAUGAAAUUAUUUCAAGUCUCACAACAAACAGAGCAGAAGACACCCUUACAAAACAUAUCAGCCCCACAGCUGGAAAGGGUCCAGAUGUCGGCUGAGGCCUCUGUGGUAUCGGAGAGCGGCGACGGGUUUCUGGAGGAUUUCCCUAGAGCCAAGCCUGUCAUUGGUCUCAUCCGUGUGGUUGAGUUUAGAAGUGAAGAUGGCUGCUCAUGUUGUUUCUUAUGCCACUGCUGUCGCAUAAGAUCCAGCAAAAAUGACCUGAUUGAUCACCUCACCAGCUCCUCCCAUCUAGUUAACUACCUGGUAGAUGGAAAUUUAUCCUGACCAAAUACAAGCUUUGGGGGAAGUUAGUGAAGAUGACUUCCAGCUUCAGUCACUGGCUGCCAAAGUGGAGGAGGAGGAGGGCAGAGGAGAGAUUAAGGUAUUUUUGCUUCUUCAAAGUGCAGGUUAUUCUGUUUUUUUUUUUUUUUUUUGCUCUGUCGAAAACUUUUAAGAAAUGAACUUGUACUAAGAUAGUAGAUUUUAACAAUAGUUGUCAAAGUGGAUAAGGACAACAAAACAAGUGAGAUAAGAAAAACUACCGAUCUUUAAGUCUGUUUGUUUGUAUGUAAAAUAUCUGAGUAGCAAGAUCUGUGAAGCUUAAGCACAAAAGAAAUAAAUCUUUAAGAUGACAUUGUAGUUUCAGAAGUGUUAUAAAAAUAUAGUUUUUUGCAAUGUAUGUAAUGAAAAAUGCACGUAUCUUUAAAGUUUAGGUUCCACCAAUCUCAAAAAUUAGGCUUUGAAAAAAAUUAUGAAAUGACUUAUUAUCAGCCUUUCUAAAGUCUCUAACUUAGAUAAGGUGUACCAUAGAAAGUCGGUACAGAGAGAAAAUGUUCUGUUAUUAUUCUAGUUUUCCUUCAUGAGACAAUUGUCAGGUGAAAGCUGAACACCAAUGUUGUUACAAAAGCUCUUUCUUAUAAGGCAAAAAGCCUUAAAAGAAUGAUACGGUUGAAGGCGGGUUCUCUAAAUACUGAAAGAAAAGGCUCACAUAUUUGUGGCACUCAUAGAUAAUCUAAUACUGAUUCUUUUUUUUUUUAAUGACAAGUUAAAGUGAUUAUUCUUCACUGGUUGAAAGGUAUUCUAUAUAUCUACUUGUACAAAUUUGAUAUUGUUUAAAAAAAAAAAGAGAAAGAGAAAAGAAAAUGGCCUCAUGUAAUGCACUGAAGUUGUGAUUGCACUCAACCAAUAUCUCAUGUUCCCAGAUAGUAAAUGUACCAGAGUCCAUCUGUAGUCAACUCACUGGCAAAAGUUACCACUGGUGUAAGUAAAGAUGACUUUCAUUUCUUUGCUGGGCCAUAAACCUUCCAUCUCUUUCGCUCCAUCCUUGCUCUCAAAGUCUGACUUGUAAGUAUCAGUCUGUCUUUUUGUCUAGGAUGCGAAAAUGUGCUUUGUCAUAACCCUGUGCGCUUACAGGUUUACAAAAUGGAUGCCAUGCAGCAUGUUUUUUUGUUUUUUUUACACCCAGGGUGAAACUGACCUUCUCCAUAGAAUAGCUUGCAGGGCCAGGAGGCAUUUAUGAUUACAGUGAUGUUUAUAUACAAACAUUUCUAUUUUUUUUCUUUAUUUGUGAAGCUGUUGCUCUGCUUUUGUAGCUUCCAGUUUUAUUUUUUUUUUACACAAGUCAGAGCUCUUUACAAAACUAUCAUAUAUGCAGUUAUAGGCAGUGCCUUUCAAAAAUAUUCAUACCUCUCUAACUUAAAAGUAAAACUGCAGGCUUCCUUGUAAUCCCUCUGGAUUUUACGUGUUUGAUCAACAAAAAGUAGCUCAAAACAGAAAUGGAAGCGACAUUAAGAAUGUUUAGUGUUACGGGUUGAAAAGCAAACAAAUUCAGUGAAAUCAUCUGAGUUCAAAAGUCACUCAUUUAUUAUACUGUGAUUUAAGUUCAGUUUAAAUGCAUCUGUUCUCUGAAUUUCUCAGAGGUUUGUUAGAGAACAAACGGCUUCAGAAAGACCAAGGAGCGCAGCAGACGGGUCUGGUAACUAUGGAUGACAUGCCAAGAUUCUCAACUUAGGUGGAAUAGGACAGCUAUUAGUCAUGCACUCUGCAAUUCUUCUAUUGUUCAAAGUAACCCUUAAGAAGUUGCAUUUUGCUAUAAAGUGUUGAUAAGGAGAUUUAUUAAUUAAUCUUAGUUUUAUAUGAGACACUGUUCCAAUUAACAGCGAAUCAAGAAUAACAGAAUGCACUCUGUCAUUAUUUUAUUCAAGGGUCAAAGAAAAGAAAAUGACCGCUGAGACUCGGCAAAUCCAAGAGUAAAUCCAAGUUGUGGACUCAGAGGAGCUGAAUACGAAUGUAUAUCAGGGUGUUUUUAUUUGUGAGAGAAAUUGGGGGGGGGGAACUCAUCGCUUUUUUUCUUCCGCUUCACAAUUAGGCACUACAUGUGCCCUGUGCCGAUGUAGGUAAUGUGACAAAAUGUGGAGAACUUCCAAGGGGUGUGAAUAUUUUUACAAGGCACUUAGCCAUCUGAGAACAAAUUAAGUGAAUCCAUCGCUAUGCAGUUUGAACAUUUUGUUUGUAAAGUUUUGAAUGAAUUUUGAAUUACAAUUUCUUUUUCAGGCUUUUUGUAGUUUUCUCU